AUGUGCAAGGACCCCUUCUUCCGAGACUAUUGCAGCGGCUCGAGCCGGUACUGCUCCUCUGCCCUGGUAAACGCGCUCAUCGCGCUGGCAACCCGGGUGGUCCACGAGAUCAGCGACGAAGCGGAGAGCCGGGGCCUGGCUUCAAAUAUACAGGCCAUCGGGAUUCUCUCGCUCUACCAGAUUACCUGCGGGCGCGAGGCCGAAGCUCAAGCGCUUGCCGACUCCUUUGCCGCUAGGAUAGUCAAUCUUUGUCCUCAAGAGCCCCUGAUGGGCUCCGAGGCCGAGAAGUAUGCCAAAGUUUGGGCUACUUCCAUACUUCGUCUCACGACGGGCCAAGUCUUCACCAUGUCUACGAGUUGCAAGCUACAAGACGACUCAAUAUUUCUAGACCAAUCCGCCUGCAGUGCCGAGUACCUGUUUGGCGGCCAGUGCGGCAGCGGAACUACACCAGACCCUGCCCUGAAAGCACGCGGCUCGCAACUGCGCAGUCUACAGCUCAUUCCAGCAAGAGUCUUCCAGCUCACGGAAUGGGUGUACAAGCUCCUCUCAUCAGCAACCCAUACCCCAAACGGACGAUUCGACACAGCCGAGGUCAUGGCAGUGUAUACCGAGUAUCUCGAUUGGUACGAAGGAUUCUUCUCCCUACCCAAAACCGGCGGCAGUGACACCCCCUUUGUACUCUUUAUCCACAUGUACUAUCAGUUCUGCCUACUCUGCCUGUUCCGCCCUCUCGCCAACCUUGUCCUGGCUGAUUCCGACGUCCGACCCCGCGAAAUCUGUCUCCAGGCUGCGGACUCUAUCCUCACCCUGUCGCAGUCCUACAGCAGGCUCUUCACCCUUAGACGCGUCUCCCCAUUCGUCCCCUAUUUUGUGCUGGGCGUAAUUGAUGUAAAUUGA